UAAUCAAGGUAGUCAUGGAAGAAGAAGGUUGAAGGUGAUUAGGAAGUUGGAAAUAUGGAGUGCAACUUGCGUCGUGUUUUCCUUGACUUUAUACUGUGGUUGUCAUAAAAUGGACAUAAAUACUUGUGCAUAUUGUGGAGCUGUUGGGCAUUUUUCAAGAUGUAAAAGGUGUAGAAGCGCGUAUUAUUGUUGUAAAGAACAUCAAAUUGGUGACUGGAAAAAACAUAAAAUACACUGCAGUGACAAACAAAACCCUACUGUCGGUGAUACGAAUGCACAAUCUUCCGUUAGCGAUGUCAAAUUAAAAACUGUUCCAAAGAAUACGUCGUGUGUUCCUAUAUCAGGCGAAGAAAGAAAAUUUAAACAUUCUAGUCGUUCAAAUCAAACUUCAGACGCAGUACUCGCUGACCGCAACACUAGUCCUAUUACACAUGAAGGAAGUUCUGAAAAUGAAAUUAUCAACGCUAGAACUGAGGAAUUAGAUCCUUUUGAGUUUUUACAAUCUAGUUUAAAUAAACCUUCUUCCUCCAACACUUCAGAUUCAAACAUCAAAAUGCCACUUUACAGUGAUCUGCCAGGAAAAGAUUUUAUUUCCGGGUUACAAGGGAAAGAUUCACCAGUUUUAAAAGAAUUUUCAGAAAUAAAGCUCGAUGGAAUCAAUGGAUUACCACCAUUUCAUCAUCGUAAUGAUCAAGUCGAACAAGACAUAAUUGAAGAGGUUUGCAGAAAUGUCAUAAGGGAUAUGGACGCAUACGGUGUGUGUGUUGUAGAUAAUUUUCUUGGACAUGAAAAAGGUAUGGCAGUAUUAAAGGAAGUAAUCGGUAUGUAUCAGACAGGUGUUUUCAAAGAUGGACAAUUAGUAAGUAACAAAGUGAAAAAAGACUUAAAAACUAUACGGGGAGACCAAAUAACAUGGAUUGACGGUAAAGAAACAUUUUGCCGAAAUAUUGGUAUGUUGAUCAGUGAAGUUGAUGCAGUCAUUAUGAGAGCUAAUAGAAUGGUGAAUAAUGGGAAAUUAGGUGAUUACACCAUAAAUGGCAGAACAAAGGCAAUGGUUGCUUGUUAUCCUGGCCAUGGCACUCAUUAUGUCAAACAUGUUGACAACCCCAAUAGAGACGGAAGGUGUAUCACUGCUAUUUACUACCUGAAUGCUGAUUGGGACAUCCAGCGUAAUGGAGGAUUACUGAGAAUCUUCCCAGAAGGAUGGCAAGAUCAAGUGGCAGAUAUUGAACCCUUAUUCGAUCGAAUUCUAUUUUUCUGGUCUGAUAGAAGAAAUCCUCAUGAAGUACAGCCCGCAUAUGAAACCAGAUAUGCAAUAACGCUGUGGUAUUUUGAUGCUGCCGAGAGGGAGGAUGCUUGUCGAAGAUAUCAGCGGGAGAGUAUGUGUUGUGUCCUCCCCUCCCCCCACAACAACCCCCCUCUACUCACUAACUGUAGCUAACUUGUCGCUCAUCUCUCAUCUAACCCUGUGGUAUGGCCUCAUGUCAUCUCUUGUCAAUGCUAAAUGUUAUUACAUCUUCAUCUUGCGUUUUCACCUUUUUGUACGUAAUCUGUGCCAAAGUAUUCUAUUGUAUGUUUAAUCGGUAUAUAAAACAGAUUUGUAUUA